CUCGGCGAGGAAGAUGACCCCGGGCACCGAGGAGCCGCAGUGGAGGAAAGUUCAUUCCGUUACAGGAGUGACACCGCGGUCCAGACACGGACACCGAGCAGCUGCAAUACGGGAGCUGAUUAUUGUGUUCGGUGGUGGAAACGAAGGGAUAGCGGAGUACCUACAUGUUUACAACACUGUUUCAAAGCAGUGGUUUCUGCCUGCGGUGAGGGGGGACAUCCCGCCUGGCUGUGCUGCCCAUGGCUUCAUCUGUGAAGGCACUCGAAUACUGGUCUUUGGUGGCAUGGUUGAGUUUGGUAAAUAUACGAACACCCUCUAUGAACUUCAGGCUAAUCGCUGGCUGUGGAAGAAGCUGAAGCCCAGAGCACCCAGGAAUGGCUUGCCUCCCUGCCCUCGGAUUGGGCACAGCUUCACUCUUGUGGGCAACAAAUGUUACCUGUUUGGAGGGCUGGCCAAUGAUAGUGAAGAUCCCAAUGGCAAUGUACCAAGAUACAUGGGGGACUUCUAUGAGCUUGAGCUGCAGUCUGUAUCGGGGGCAAGAGGCUGGAGCAUCCCAGAGACGAAGGGUGGGGGUCCUUCUGCACGGGAGUCCCACACCUCGGUUGCCUAUAUUGGCCUUGGCUCCCCGAAGCUCUAUAUCUUUGGAGGGAUGCAAGGAUGCCGGUUAGACGACCUCUGGCAGCUUGACCUCGACACAAUGGUUUGGUCGAUGCCUCAAACCAGGGGUUCCACAUCGUUUCCCAGAAGCCUUCACUCUGCUAGUGUCAUUGGAAACAAGAUGUAUGUUUUCGGUGGCUGGAUUCCAGUUCCAGAGUCAGACAAACACAGUGCUUUAGGGAUUGAAUGGAUCUGCACUAACUCCUUAAGUGUGCUCAACUUAGACACUAUGAGCUGGCAGAACCUGGGCCCAGAGCAGCAGGACGAUAUCGAGUCCCAGCUGCAGAGCCAGGGACCCCAGAGUGAUGACCCAUACGCAUGUUGGCCCCAAGCCAGAGCUGGCCACUGUGCUGCUUCUGUCGGGUCCAGGCUUUACAUUUGGAGCGGUCGAGACGGAUAUCGUAAGAGCUGGAACUACCAGGUGUGCUGCAAGGAUCUCUGGUACCUGGAGACAAAUCGACCAGCCAUUCCAGAGGCUGUGUUACUCAUCAAAUCCACAGUCAGCAUGCUUCACGUGGCGUGGCGCCCCCUGGCGGCAGCAGACUGCUACAUCCUUCAGCUCCAGCCUGUGUGUACUGCAGCCAGUCAUCCACCAGCCAAACAAAGUGGAACACAUGGAGUGGAGGGGAAGGAUAAAGACUCUGCAGGUGUCCAGUCCAAUCAACUUCAAACUGAGGGAGCAGCUAAUAAAGAAGCAAAAGCAUCAGCUCAGGAUGCUCCGGCACAGCAGGAAACUACAGUAAAAUCGGCCAGUGGCUCAGCAGAGACCCAAGCACAAGGAGGGAGGAGUACUGGGAGAGGGACAGUGGAGGACUCUGAUACAAAGCGCUGCAGUGCUGGACAGGAGACGUCACGAACAGAGCUCAGCAGCUCAGCUCAACAGCAGUCAGAGGGACAACCUGUUUCAGCUGAGAAGACAACAGAUCAGAAUCCAGAUGAAGCAGUGUGGUUUGAUGUUGGUGUGUUCAAAACGCUUUUCUCUGAGGUCAGCCACUACUUUGUACCUGCUGACGGCGACCAGGCGCCUGCAGCCAUCAGCAGUCGACCCUCAAAUACUAAAGAGAGAAAGCUGCCCGGGCCUCAGGACUACCAGGGCAGAGAGAAGCAGGAACUGGCUCCAGGUCAGACUUACAGGUUCAGAGUUGCAGGUAUCAACUGCUUUGGCGCGGGAGACUUCAGCCCAGUCAGCGAGUUCAAAACCUGCACGCCUGGUUUCCCUGGAGCGCCCUGUGCUGUCAAAAUUACCAAGGCCAACGAUUCAGUCCACAUCACGUGGGAGGCUCCCUCCUCUCCAUCGGGCCGCAUCCUGGAGUAUUCCAUGUACAUGGCGGUGAGGAAGAGCCGCUCCAACAGCACAGACCGUCCGGGUCAGAUGGCCUUCAUCAGGAUCUACCGCGGCACCAAGACGUCCUGCACGGUCAACUCCACCAACAUGGACAACGCCCACAUCGACUGCUCCGCCUCCAACCGGCCAGCUGUCGUCUUCCGCAUAGCUGCCAAGAACGAGCAGGGCUAUGGCCCAGCGACGCAGAUCCGCUGGAUUCAAGAUCCCUGUAAAUUGCGAGCAUCUGCAUCCAAAGCAGACAACAGUACUGAGGCUGACCAGGACGCUGCAGACAGCUCCAGUUAAAAAUAUUUGAACCAAGGACAUAUUUUGGAAAAGACAAUAUGUACACUCAGGAAGCUGGCAAUGUUCCCCACUCAGAUGUUGUAUAUUACCUAGAUAGUUUUGUUAAUUUAUUUUUUUUAUGUAUUUAAUUAUUCCCCUGUAAAUAAGCAUUUUCAUAGGAAGCUUGACCACUUGGCCAUUUCAGUAAAAUAAGUGUUUUGUUGAGCAAUAUGUAAUAUGAUGUAGCCCAAGCUAGAAAUACGAUUUCAGAUCUAAAACUCUUCAAAGGUUGGAGAUACUUUCUGUUAUUUUCUACUAUCCAGCACUAAUUAUUCCUACAUUAUGUCAUGUUUUUGAAGGAAACACUGAUGGUAAGAUCUUUUUUUUAUCAUUGACCACUUUUAUCAUCCUAUUGACACUGCGAGGUUACAAAAUACCAAUUAUCUCUGCAGUGGAAUGUUAUUGUUGUUUUAUAAUCAGAUUAUUUCCUAUGAUUCAGGUCUUUGUCCGUGUGUUUUGCCAUGUUACUACAAACAUUUCCUGUAUCCAUUACAUUUGUUGUUUUUGAAUUUUGUUGCAUCUCUAUUAUCAUUAUCAUCACCAGAUCAUUUACACGUUUAAAGGUCCAGUGUGUAUGAUUUAUGGGAACUUGUCAGAAAUUGAAUUUAAUAUUCAUUAGUUUUCAUUUUGGGUUUUUAGCUUCCACCAGGGGAGGGAUGAGGCAUGGGGUAUUCAGUUCAGCAACCUCACUGCUACCUGCCACUAAAUCCUACACACUGGUCCUAUCAGUUAAAAAAAUAUUUCAGGCCCUGUUCAAAAACUUGAGGCACUACUAACAUUUCUGAUUAUUAAAG